CCCCUCCCUUUCUCACCAUUCACUCCUGUGCAGUGAUGUACUGAAAGGUAAAGAUGUGAAUCCACACUGCGACUUGUGCAACAGCGAGCGGAUACUACUGCAGACUGAACACCUUCAUAUGAUAUGAACACUUCAACAACAGAGAAUUACUGUGACUGCUGGCCUCAACCCAGCAUGAUAAUAUUAUUUCACACUCCAGUAUCUCCAGUGGGCAGACAGUAAGGACCAGUCGGCACUAUGCGAUGUGUGUAAGAGACCAAUGGUGUUGUGGCCCCAGGCGGGAUGCUGCUGACGGGCUGGUCAGUAUGACUCUGCUGGACGUGUGGCUGUCACGCUCCAUCCCCAUGUGCCUGCUCCUUCAGAGCCUUGUACUCAUGGCCCUGUGCUUCCCCUCGGCCAGCAUGUGUCCCAAGGGCUGCAUCUGCCAGCGCGAUCCCCACCUCCACGGACUCAAUGUUACCUGCAGUCAGUCCCGCCUCAAAGAGAUCCCUCCCAGCCUCCCGGUUGAUACUGUCCUGCUGAGGUUGGAUCACAACCAAAUAGGAGCUGUGCCCGAUCAAACCUUCCAUGGGCUUAGACUUUUGAGAGAGCUCAAUCUUUCAUACAAUGCGGUGGAGACUUUAGGGGAGGCGGCCUUCAGUGGCAUAGAAGGGACUUUACAGGUACUGGACCUCUCCCACAACCGUAUUACUAGCGUACACAAGGAUGCUUUUGCUCGGCUCAAGGCCCGCGUCAUUGUGGACGAUAACCCCUGGCAUUGUGACUGUGCCCUCCAGCAGGCUAUCAGUGGAAUGGCCCAUAACCACGAAGCCGCCGCCCGGGUUCUCUGCAGGAGCUCAGAGCUUCGUGACCAGGAGGGAAGACCGUUCUUGGCAGUAGACACUGACCUCUGUAACCUGGCCAAAAGGACCACAGACUAUGCGAUGCUGGUUACCAUGUUCGGUUGGUUUGCCAUGGUCAUUUCAUAUGUGGUGUAUUAUGUUCGGCAGAAUCAGGAGGAUGCCCGACGCCACUUGGAGUACCUCAAGUCUCUCCCUAGCAAACCCAAGAAACCUGACGAGGCUGAUGAUAUUAGCACUGUUGUCUGACAGUAGCGUCAAUGUGACUGUGUCCACCACAAACCGAAUGAACACCAAAAUGUUUAUGUAACAGGACCCACUUUUAGUGUUUACUAUUUGUACUACUAGUGAUGUG